AAAAAAUUCAUUUAAAUAAUUUUUAUUAAAAAAUAUUAAAAUGGGAAAAAAAACACUCUGUAAACUAAAGCCCUUUGAAAGUCCGUUCCGUUUGAUGAGCCUGAACAAAUUGAUCACGAUGAACCAAAAAACGGAGAAGCUUGUGAGAAGAACAACCAUGGUGGCCACCGUUACUGCUUCUUACUUUCUUCUCACCGCUGACUAUGGUCCCGAGCCCAAUGUUCUCGACCCAAUUAAGAAGGCAAUACAGACUAUGGAACAUACCGUGAAAGGGUUCAUCUUUGGAUCUGAGGAAAAACCUCAAGGAAGCCAAGAUGGGCAAGCGGGUUCCAACAGUGCAAAGGAUCAACCAUAGCAUAUACCCUGUAGGUCAACUGACUUUGUAUAGCUAGUGUGGUUUUGAGUAUGGUGGCAUUUUGCAAUAAUCAAUGUAAUCUGUGCUGAAGUUCAUUUUGUUAUCUCUCUCUCUCUCUCUCUCUCUCUCUCUCUCUCUCUCUCUCUCUCUCUCUCUCUCUCUCUCAUGUAAACUUCAAAAAUGACAAAAGACUCAGAGUUGUACCAAAUACAAAAUAAAUAUUCUGGAA